AUAAUGCAAUUCCCGCCCAAACACAUCUUCGUGCUUCCGCCAUUCAGACUUCUCAGAGGUCAGCCAUGGACAUCUCCUUGGCAGCAAUGGAUGAUCCUCCUACCAGUCCCCUCAAGGCUUUCGCUACGUUUCUAAUUCGCCACCACUCUGAUCAGCUCAACUCCCUUGCUCAUUCCCCUGAUCCUAAGCUCCAUUAUCCUAUAUUUGUGGAAUUCGCUGAGCUGAUGGACGACGACCCACCUCUUGCUCGUCUUCUCUUCUCCCGUCCGACCGAGUAUUUGCGUAUUUUUGACGAUGCAGCUGUUUGGGCUCAUAAGAUCAUUUUGGGUGAUUCGAAAAACGGAAUUAAGAAAGAUUUCAUCCAUGUUCGCAUUAACGUCACUGGCUCCCCCCUGGAAUUGGCAGAGACUUUUCCAAGUAUUGGGUCUGUCAGAGUGAAGCAUCGUGGAGUGCUUCUCACACUUAAAGGGACAGUAAUCCGAUCUGGGGCAAUUAAGAUGUAUGAGGGGGAGAGGUGGUAUAUCUGCCGGAAAUGCAAGCACAAGUUCCCAGUUUAUCCAGAGCUUGAAACUAGAAACUCAAUACAGUUACCAUCAUUUUGUCCUUCUCAGGAUUUGAGCUCGGGGACGACGAUUGGCACUGCUCGGCACGAUAGGGGGGCAAAACCAUGUGAAGGGAAAAAUUUUGCGUGCUUGGAAGGUUCUGUCGUACGCCAUGAUUACCAAGAGAUAAAAAUUCAGGAGAGUACACAAGUACUGGGUGUGGGGUCCAUUCCUCGUGCCAUUCUAGUCAUUCUCAAGGAUGACCUUGUUGACCUUGUUAAAGCUGGAGAUGAUGUUAUUGUUACAGGAGUAUUGAGUGCUAAGUGGUCCCCAGACCUCAAAGAUGUUCGGUGUGACCUUGAUCCAAUGCUCAUUGCGAACCAUGUGAGAAGAACCAAUGAACUAAAGGCUGAGGUUGACAUCCCUGAUGAUAUAAUUAUGAAAUUUCGGCAGUUCUGGUCAGAUUUCAAAGACACUCCUUUAAAAGGAAGAAAUGCUAUUCUGAGAGGUAUAUGCCCUCAAGUGUUUGGACUUUUUACUGUAAAACUUGCAGUGGCUUUAACACUCAUCGGAGGUGUACAACAUGUGGAUAUAUCUGGUACUAAAGUUCGAGGAGAAUCUCAUCUACUGUUGGUUGGCGAUCCUGGUACUGGAAAGUCACAGUUCCUGAAAUUUGCUGCCAAAUUGAGCAACCGAGCUGUUAUUACCACUGGAUUAGGAAGCACUAGCGCAGGAUUAACUGUUGCUGCUGUCAAGGAUGGAGGCGAAUGGAUGCUGGAAGCUGGGGCACUUGUACUAGCUGAUGGAGGACUUUGUUGCAUAGAUGAAGUGGACAGCAUGAGAGAACAUGACAGAGCCACAAUCCAUGAAGCAAUGGAGCAGCAGACUAUAAGUGUCGCAAAGGCUGGUCUUGUAACAACUCUCAGUACUAGAACGAUAGUAUUUGGCGCAACAAAUCCUAAAGGACAUUACGACCCUGAACAACCUCUCUCUGUCAAUACAACACUCUCCGGUCCCUUAUUGAGCAGAUUUGAUAUCGUGCUUGUGCUUUUAGAUACAAAAAACCCUGAAUGGGAUGCAGUAGUUUCAUCUCAUAUUCUCACUGAGUGUGAACAAGAAAAGGGAAAGUGUGACAAUGAUCUUUCAAGUAACUGGCCUCUUACUAUGCUUCGAAGAUACAUCCAAUUCGUAAAAGGAUACUUCAGACCGGUCCUGACUGAGGAGGCUGAGCAAAUUAUUUCAAACUAUUAUCAGCUUCAAAGAAGAUCAGCAAUGGAUAAUGCAGCCAGGACAACAGUACGCAUGCUUGAAAGCUUGAUACGCUUAGCUCAAGCGCAUGCACGCCUCAUGUUUAGAAAUGAGGUUACCCGGCUCGAUGCCAUUACGGCUAUUUUGUGCGUCGAAUCAUCCAUGACGACCUCAGCUUUAGUGGAUAGUGUUGGGAAUGCCUUGCACUCCAAUUUUACGGAGAACCCAGAUGAGGAAUACGCAAAGCAAGAAAUUUUGAUCCUUGAGAAGCUGAAGUCGAUGGAAGAAUAGACAUUACCAUGAUGGAAGGCGGAAAGAACCCUUUUCAAGGGCCGUCGUUUUGUUUUUGUUUUUGUUUUUUGAGAAUCAAGAUAGUCGACAUCCUCACAUGCUUGAAGUUGUAGAUACCAAAAAAUAUAUAUGUCUGGCAUCUGCGUACAAUCACAUUUGUUUCGAAGAAAAAUUUGUAAGGACGUCCGAGAUUAUUUAGAUAGUUAUGCUUGUUUUGCUAGAUUUCUGCUUGAGAAUGUGAGAUGAUGUUGUUUCAACAAUAUCUUUAAAUCCCCAGAUAAUUUAUAAUAAUAUACUAUAAUUUGAAUUUAUGUAA